UCAGUUUGCAAGCGAUACCACGCGCACGCUCCUGACCAAGCUUGGCGUUACGUCCUCCCUCAGCACCUCGUACCACUCUCAGACGGAUGGCCAGACGGAGCGCUUCAACCAGGAACUGGAACAGUACCUUCGUGCUUUCUGCAACCAUCGGCAGGACGAUUGGGUGGACUGGCUUCCCAUUGCCCAGUUCAUACAUAACUCCCAAGUCCACUCCGCGCCGGGCAAAUCACCAUUCGAGCUCCUCUACGGCUUUGCGCCCCGCGCUUACCCUCCAUUGGUCACGUUUUCGCGGUUCCCCAAGCUCACGGAACGGCUCCCUGUGAUAGAUGCACAAGAAAUAAAUAUGAUAGACAGCUAUAGCAAGAAGUGUUGUGUGCUUUUAGCUAGGGAAAAGUAUGACUGCAGCAAGAAGUAA